UUUUGUUUUUUUUUUUUUGGUUGAUUCGGGAACCUAUCGAAUUAUUUUGGUGUUUCAAAUAUCACCAUAGAAACAACAAUAUAGUGAGAAAUCAGAAUCAUUUUGUUGUUUGUUGUUGUUGUUUAGGUUCAGUUCAGUUCACGUUACUUUUGUUUUCCAAAAAAAAAGCCAAACAAACGAAAUCUAGUCCAACCAAAGAAAGAAAUUACUGUUAUUACUAAUAUUAUGACAUCAAUAUUGCCAAUAAAUCAACCGACAUUAUCAGAAGAAGAUUAUAAUAAUGAGCCAGGCAAAAGUCGUAUCAAUACAAAUUCAUAUGCAACGAAAAAAACAAUUUCACAAGGAUUGUUUGAUGUUGCAUUAUUGACGGCAAAUGCAAGCCAAUUAAAACAUACACUUACAUUGGGUGAUAAAUCUAGAUUCUAUUUAUUAAUGGUUAUACUGAUUGGUGCAUCAAUUUUAUUACAAGUUUUGGUUGGAAUCAUAUUCAUCUAUUUAGGUUAUCAUAAUAUUGAACAUGAACAAAGACAAAAACGUUUAAAUAAUUUAAAUAAUAUAACAACAAUACUAGUGUUUAUUAUCACAGUAAUCAACGUAUUUAUAUCCGGUUUCGGUAUCAAUAAUCAAACCAAUAAUUCAAUCGAUUAUGAUUAAUUCAAAUUGACUUCUUCUUCUUUUUUUUUCUUCCUUUUUUUUCUAUGUAAAAAAUUCGGUAUUUCGUUGUAAUGCAUGCCCCUUUUUGGAAUUUAUUUUUUGCUGAUUUUUCCUUUUACUUUUUUCUUUUCUGAUUCUUUCCAAAAUCUCUUUGUUUCCC